AUGUCCUCCAUAUUACUUUUUAUCAUAGUUUUUCAAUAUUUGUUAAUUUCUUUCUCUGGUACGUCUUACAAAAGGUUUGUAGCAGAUGGAGCUUCAAUUUUUUUAAGAAAUCCCUACAAAAUAACUUUGGGGAAAUCAGAGAAAAGAGGAAAAGUUUUUAGCGAGUUUUCGGAGGAGGAAGAUUCAAUAGUUCGUCGCGACACAGAAGAAAAAAAAAAGUGGUUUGGAAAAGGGCAUGAUGAAUAUAAAAAGGUAAAGGAGAAGAAGAAUGUUGUUCUAGAAGGAAAACAAAUCGGUAAGGAGGAAAAUAAUUUGGUUGAAGAAGAAAACGAUUCGGUUGGACAAGAAAAUCAUUAUGUUGAGGAAGAAGACAACGUUGGUAUUGUAAAAAAGGAGAAAGACGAAAAAAUUGUUGUAGAGAAAGAAAAAGAAAUAGGAGUAAUUGAAAAAGAAAAAGAAAUAGGAGUAAUUGAAAAAGAAAAAGAAACAGGAGUAAUUGAAAGAGAAAAAGAAACAGGAGUAAUUGAAAGAGAAAAUAUUUCUGGUGUAGAAGUAAAUAAUAAAGAUAGUCAAGAAGACAUUUAUAAUUCAAAUGUAGAUAAAAAUUCAUUCGCUGAUGAUAAUAAUAGAGAUGAUAUUUUGGUAAGGAGAAAAAAGGUUUCAAAUAAAGAUAGCUUUUUUAUGAAUGAUAUAAUACGAGGAGAAAACGAAGAUGAUGAUGAUAAUGAUAAUAAUGAUGAUAAUGAGGAGGAGGAUGAGAAAGUAACUAAAAGUUUGGAAAAUGUAAAAUUAGGUGAAUUACCUAAAUUACAUUAUAUUUUUGGAACAAGUAUUACAGAUAAUGAUGAUGAUACUGAAAUUCGUAAUGAAAGUGAAAUAGAUGAUAUAGAUGAAUUAGAUGAAGAAGAAUAUGAUUGGACCGAACAUGUAUAUAAUUAUAAGCCUACCACUUAUUUAUUACCUGGUUUAGGAGGGAGUACAUUAAUAGCAGAAUAUAAGAAUGCAACAAUUCAUAGUUGUAGUAGAUAUAUAUUGAAUUCGAAACCUUUUCGUAUUUGGAUAAGUUUAAGUAGAUUACUUUCUAUUCAAUCGAAUAUAUAUUGUACGUUUGAUACAAUACGUUUAAAAUAUGAUGAGAAAAAGAAUAUAUAUUAUAAUCAACCAGGAGUAUUUAUAGAUGUAGAGAAGUUUGGUAAUCUUAAGGGUAUAGAAUAUUUGGAUUAUUUUAAUAAUACAGGUAUAGGAAUAACAAAAUAUUUUAAUGUGGUUGGACAAUAUUUUACAUCUCAUGGAUAUGUGGAUGGAGAAAGUAUUAUAGGAGCUCCAUAUGAUUGGAGAUAUCCAUUAAGUCAACAAAAUUAUAAAAUUCUUAAAGAACAUAUAGAAUAUAUAUAUGAGAAGAGAAAUGGUACAAAGGUUAAUUUAAUAGGUCAUAGUUUGGGAGGUUUAUAUUUAAAUUUCUUCUUAAGUCGUAUAGUAAGCAAAAAAUGGAAGCAAAAACAUUUGAAUAAAAUAAUAUUUAUUAGUACCCCUUUUAAAGGAUCUGUUAAAACAAUUAGGGCAUUAAUUCAAAGUAGGAAAGAUUUUAUAUCAUUUAGAAUUACAAAGUUGAUAAAAUUAUCUAUACCAGAAAGUAUGAUGAAAGCAUUAGGUAAUUCAUUAGGUUCUUUAUUUGACAUUUUACCUUAUAGAGAAUAUUAUAAAAGAGAUCAAGUUGUGAUAUUAAUAAAUAUGAGUAAUACCCCAAUUGAUGAAGAUCAUGUUCAAUAUCUAGUUACAUUAUGUGGUAUUUAUAAACCUGAAUGUUAUCGUAAUAGAGAAGAUGUAAAUUUAAAAGUUUAUACAUUAGAAAAUUGGCACGAAUUAUUAGAUGAUAAAUUAAAAGCCAAAUAUGAAAAUUAUAAAUUAUAUAGAGAAAGAUAUUAUAAUAAAGACCAUGGAGUACCUAUAUAUUGUUUAUAUAGUACUAUUAAUAAAAAAGAAACUGAAUAUUUAUUAUAUUUUGAAACACAAAAUACACGUGAAGAACCUAUUAUAUAUUAUGGUACAGGAGAUGGUACUGUAGGUACAGAAAGUUUACAAGCAUGUAGUAAUUUUUACAAUACCGUAUUAACUCAUCACUUUUCUGAUACUAGUCACGUUGGAAUAUUGUAUACUAAUGAAACAGCUAAGUAUAUAUACGACAUUGUACAAAGUCCAAAUUAA